CUGCCAACUUAGCUUGGUCUGACUCUAUUUACCUCUCGCAUCAAAAGAUGGUCCCUAUGGCAGUACGGAGUAUCUGUCACGUAAAUUGUUUGUAGACAUUUUUUUUAAGUUUAGCACAAUAAUUUAUUUAGGAAUUUAACUUGAAGAUACUUGAAGGAACUGCCAUAGGGACCCAUCAUUCGACGCAAAAGGUAUUAAAUAUCGAUAUGGACAAAGUGCCUAAAAUAUGUACACAUUACCUUAAUAUAUGAGUAAUAAGGUCGUGUAUACAUAUUUUUGGCACUUUGUCCGUAACAGAAACGCGCUUAAGAGGAAAUUUAUAUAAUUAUAUUAACAGUUAUAAAUUUAAAAAAAAUACCUUAAGAGGAAAGGGGACGGCCGCUUCUCCAUACAAACGUAGUCCCCAUUUUCCUCCCUGGAUAUUGACAUUCUGAAAAAUAUAUUUACAUAAUUUGAUACAGUAUAUUAAGCAUUGCUAUAUUUGACUAUAUUAGAUAUUUUGAUUAUUGUAAAUAUUAGGAGCGAAAAACAGAUUUCAUACAAAUUUUUAAAUGUUAAUAUCCAGAGACGAAAUGAGAACUACGUUUGUAUGAAAAGGCGAUUUCGCGCGUGUCCUCCACUUUCGUCUUAAGACGAUAGUGGACGUCCGCAUCUCCGAACAAACGUAGUCCAAUUUUCCUCUCUGAAAAUUGACUUUGUGGAAAACAUUUGUAUAAAAUUUUUACCGUAUCUAUACCCCUUCGUUUGACUUUUUUAGGGUUCCGUAGCCAAAUGCAAAAAACGGAACCCUUAUAGAUUCGUCAUAUCCGUCUGUCUGUCCGUUUAUGUCACAGCCACUUUUUUUCCGAAACUAUAAGAGCUAUACUGUUCAAACUUGGUAAGUAGAUGUAUUCUAUGAGCCGCAUUAAGAUUUUCACACAAAAAUAGAAAAAAAAAAACAAUAAAUUUUGGGGGUAUACAAAGAACUGAAACUCAAAAAAUAUUUUUUCAUCCAACCCAUACGUGUAGGGUAUCUAUGAAUAGAACUUCAAAAAUGAUAUUGAGGUUUCUAAAUCAUUUUUUUUCUAAACCGAAUACUUUGCGCGAGAGACGCUUCCAAAGUGGUAAAAUGUGUGUCCCCCUCCCUAUAACUUCUAAAAUAAGAGAAUGAUAAACCUAAAAAUAUAUAUGAUCUACAUUACCAUGCAAACUUCCACCGAAAAUUGGUUUGAACGAGAUCUAGUAAGUAGUUUUUUUUUUAUACGUCAUAAAUUUAAAAAAAGGAUUUUUUUUUCAUCAAACCCAUAUCUAUGGAUAGGUCUUCAAAAAUGAUAUUGAAGUUUUUAAUAUCAUUUUUUUCUAAACUGAAUAGUUUGCGCGAGAGACACUUCCGAAGUGGUAAAAUGUGUGCCCCCCCUGUAACUUCUAAAAUAACAGAAUGAUAAAACUAAAAAAAAUAUAUGAUAUACAUUACCAUGCAAACUUCCACCGAAAAUUGGUUUGAAUGAGAUCUAGUAAGUAGUGUUUUUUAAUACGUCGUAAAUGAUACGGAACCCUUCAUGGGCGAGUCCGACUCGCACUUGGCCGCUUUUUUUUAGUUUUACAUUACUAUGAGAAUUAUGAGCGAAAAACAAAUUCCAUACAAAUUAAAACUUCUAACUCUUUAUUAAUUUUAUUAUGUGGGAUAAAAAUUGCAUCUCGCGCGCACUAAUCAGCGCGAGCCAUAGUAUCAUAUAAAUAACAAAACAUUGAUAGAUUAUAACAUCCAUUUGCCGCUCAUUGGGAGGAUAAGGAUAAUAUUUUUAUAUUCGAUAUUUUUCCAAUUAUAUCGAUAUAAGCCGCAAUUCAUUUUCCUAUACCCCUAUUAGGAAAAAUAUGUAAUAUAAAAUAUUAUCCUCUGAACUAGGACACAAACGAUUAGCUACUAUCCGAAUCCGGUCAUGUUGAUCACUUUUAAGUAAAUAUCCAUAGUAAUUCAAAAUGAUUUUACUUAAAGUAACAUUGGUGAUUUUGAUAUACUGCGCGAAUUGUUCGGCGGCUUUGUGUAAUGGUAAAACUUGUGCACAAUGCAUACGUGAAUCAGUUGACUGCGUCUGGUGUCCUGCUGCAAAUCAUACUGGUAACAGAUGUACAACGAACAAAACGGUCGAUACCUUCUGGUGUAAUGAAGAAGUGUACAGUCCACGACCAACUCACCCUUUAACGAUCACCCGAAAUAACAAUAUUACGGCGGGUCCACCGGCGGUUCAGCUGGCUCCUCAGGAACUUGCAGUAUCAGUUCGUCCCAGACAGACCAAACAAUUCACGAUCAAAUACAAACCUGCUAUGCAUUAUCCUUUGGAUGUAUACUAUUUAAUGGAUGCUUCAUUUACAAUGAAGGACACUAUACAUUUGCUGCAAGAGCAAGGGGGACAAAUCUAUACAGAACUAAGCCAUUUCACAAAUAACGUGAAAAUGGGAAUUGGCAGUUUUAUAGAGAAGCCGGGAUUACCAUUUGCAGACCCACAUUCCCACAACUCCUACGCUUUUAAACAUCACCUUAAUAUAACUGAUGACAGAAACAUGUUCAAAAAUGUUCUUAAUAAUACUAAUACCGGAGCCAACUAUGAGGCCCCAGAGGCCGGCCUCGAUGCACUUAUGCAAGUCAUGGCCUGCAAAGAUAGGAUUGGUUGGAGAAAACAUUCCAGGAAGAUCGUAGUAUUGUGCACCGAUGCCACGUACCAUAGUGCCGGUGAUGGAAAAAUAGUCGGAGCGGCAAAACUCAACGACAUGGAGUGCCAUCUCAACGAAGAUGGUGCUUACACUCUGGCACUAGAACAAGACUAUCCUACUGUUAACCAAAUACGAAAAAUUGCCAAACAAGAAAAUAUCAUUGUUAUUUUCAACGUCAAGAACCGCGUUAUACAGGAAUACGAGGCUUUAGCAAAGAGACUUGAUAUUGCGGCUGAGGUUAUUGAAUUGAAGGAAAACUCCAGUAUUACUGAAACAUUAGUCAACGUAUACACGAAAAAAAUGGGCAGCGUUCAAAUGGAUAUAUCUUCUCCGGAUAGUAAAGUUCGAGUCACACUGAAUCCAGAUUGUACUAUAGAGGACAAAUGCAAAGUGAAACAUGACACUGAGUUUCAUAUGCAAGUGUCUAUCACUGCUGACACUUGCUUGAACAAAAAUAAGAACAAUACCAUCACGAUAAAGCCAAAGGGCCUGGACGAGAAUGUAAAAAUUGCAAUUGAAACUUUAUGCGAAUGUGACUGCGAAGAAAAACCAAAACUCAACGCGAAAGAGUGCAGCAGCAGCGGUAGUUUAGUAUGUGGGAUUUGCGAGUGCAACCUCAACCACUUUGGUGACAGUUGCAAUUGCAGUGGAAGUUCAAAGAAGCGUUUAGACGAAUGCAAAGCAAAUACAAACGACAAGGUCGUAUGUAGCGGUACUGAAAGAGGUUCAUGCAGAUGCGGCAUAUGCUACUGCAAAGAAAACUACUCGGGAAAGUUCUGUCAGUUCGACGACAGGGCAUGCCCCAAGCCGCGGGGCAAAUUAUGCUCUGGCCACGGCAGAUGCACCGAGGGCCAAUGCAAGUGCACCAACGGGUGGACAAGAGACGCUUGCGAAUGCACCCCCUCAGACGACAGGUGCCGUGCUCCUGAUUCUCAGAAAGUCUGCUCCGAUAACGGAAACUGCGUAUGUGGUAAUUGUAAUUGUACCAGACUAGAUUCCAAAAAUAAUCACUAUUUCGGUGAAUUCUGCGAAAACUGUCACGACUGCGACGGGAACAGGUGCAAAGAGCUAGAAAAUUACGUGUUAUGCGUGUACACUAACGAGACAACGAAAGAAGAUUGCGAUAAGAAGUUUGAGUUAAAGAACACCAACGUUUUCAUCGUGAACAAAACGGAAAUCAACUCACCGAAGCACCGCUUAGCCAAACGCUGUAAAAUACACUGGAAAGAAGAAAAAUAUAUUAUAUUUAAACAUAAAUAUGGGACUGAAACACUGAAUAUUAUUAUUCAAAAGGAUUUGGAGGAGCCCGUGAAAGCUAAUAUUUGGGUUCCAAUAGGCAGCGCCAUAGGUGCCAUCAUACUGAUUGGCUUGUUGACCCUGAUCAUUUGGAAGCUGGCGGUGGAUCGUUACGACGCUGCAGAGUACGCCAGGUUCCAGAAAUUGCUCGACGAGAGUGGUGACCUUGAAACCGUCAACGCACUCUAUGAAGCUCCGCGGACUAAUGUCUUGAACCCGCUGUUUAACAGACUUUCGCGUAUGAUACGCUAACUUUUUGUCCUUUAUUUUGGCAAUAAUCUACAGUAAUUUUGUCUAAUUACAAUCAUAAUCAUAAAGGUUUAUUCUGUAAAUAGACUUAUGCUAGCUCUGUUACAUUUCAACUUACCUUACAGCUUAGUAUAUAUUAUAUUUUAACAUAAGUAAGUAAACAUUUCAUCUUAUCCUCUAUGAAUUCACUAACAGUGUAAUAAGCUCCUUGCAAAAGCAGUCGUUUUACAAUACUAUUACUUAUUCUGUGACAAUAGUGUUUUAUGUUAUAUAUAUUCAUUGACAAUUUCAACAUAUUAUGUAGUUGGUAACUUAUUAUAAAACUGCACAUCACUCCCCGUAAACGACAUGUUUAUUUUUUGUAAGCGGAAAUUUGUUCUUAUUUCUAUUUAUAACUUAGUAUACACAUUAUACACAUAUCUGUAACCACUAGAAAAGGUACCUAUUAGGUAGUUUGGUACCUAAUGUUGGUAAUAAUAUUUUACUUAGGGGUGGCAUAGCCCAAACCCCGAUAAUAAUGUUUCAUUAGAAUAUCUCCAGUUAGGUUCCACUUAGUAAUAUAGUUCUAGUAUUUUUUUUAUGUAACUGAUUCUUUUUUAUAUGUCUCCAUUUCAUUAAAUAACUGAAGUGAA